UCAUUCGACAGCCAACUCAACCUGCACCCUGUGCAUCGAUCACUCCUUUACCAUAUACCCAAUUUGGAGAGAUCCAACCCUGGCCUUCUCCUUUCUUUUCCUUCCCGUGAAUGCAAAGAAAGGCUGAAGAACUCUUCUGAGUGAUCCUACAGACGAUCUCCGCCCCUCUCGUAGCAUAUGCCCCAAGAUCCCCCAGCCUCAGCGAUCGGAGAUGUCGGACCAUGUCUUGCCUGAGCAAGUUUGCUACGUCAAUUGCAGCUUCUGCAACACUACUCUACUGGUUAAUGUCCCCGGAAGCAACUCAUCCAAUGUUGUGGCAGUGAGAUGUGAACUUUGUGCUAAUCUACUGUCCGUGAAUCUGCUGGAAGCAUUGCUCGGAAAACUCCCACUUCAGAGUCUUCAGAAUCACAACACUGCGACUCGACACCAUCGCAUGGAUUGCGAAUCUUCUUCCAUAUGCACCAGCUUAUCAGCAAUGAACUCAGUGGACCAUGUUCAACAGCAGAUGCAGCUCAUCCAACCAACAGAGAAGCGUCGUGUUCCUUCUGCCUAUAACAGGUUCAUCAAAGAGGAGAUACGUCGGCUGAAGACGAAAAAUCCCAACAUUAGCCACAAGGAAGCUUUCAGCACGGCAGCCAAAAAUUGGGCUCAUUUCCCGGAAAUCCAUUGUGGGCUAUCGAUCAAAGGCAACAAGCAAGUUUAGUUUCGAGGCAAUGCUGCCGAGCGAAGCACAGUGUGUGUUCUCGUGGUCUGUUCCAAAUGAUGUUCUUCUUGUAGACAGACUUAGAUCGUCCCUUCUUUUCAAUAA